AUGGAAGACUCGAAGCUCGAAAGGUCGACCUCCUCUGAACCCGUAGGCCAGCAAAAUCUCCACAACAAUGGCGGCGAAGAACAACGCCGCCCAGAGCAACACGCCGGCUCGCUUGAGCACGCUGAAUCCCCAAAUGAAGGGUUACUACAUGCUGAUGAUAGCGCGGCCAUUGCUGGAGAAUUCUCCGAAAAGGAAACUCCAACCCUUGAAUCGAAUGGGGAAGACGAUGCUGGCAGAGAAGCCUUAGACGUUAAGGAGGAGGUUGGUGCCGAUGGGAUGGUCGUGAGGCCUAGCAAGCGCUCUAGGAUUAAAGUGGAAUUGGGUGAGACUGUUGUGCAUGGCGGAGGGGAGGCUGAUGUAAAUUGUGUUGUCUAUAAAGUUGGUGAUCAGAGGCAAGCGCUCGUACAAUUGUGGAAGGAACAUGAAUUGCUUCAGGGUGGUGAAGGGAUUGAAGCCUCUCAAAAUGGCCCGACUUUGGAAGUUCGGAUACCGGCUAAACAUGUUACUUCAACUAAUCGCCAUGUAAAAAGUGGGCGUCUGUGGGGAACUGAUGUGUACACUGUUGACUCUGAUUUGGUGGCUGUUCUUAUGCAUAUAGGUUACUGCCGCCGAACUGCAUCUCCUCCGUCAUCUGCUACUGAAGAGUUAAGGGUUACUGUAAGAGUGCUGGCUCCACAAGACUGUUACAUUUCUACUGUGAGAAAUAAUGUCCAUUCUCGUGCAUGGAGAGCUCCAAUUGAUUGUAGCUAUCGUGUCGAACGUUGUUGCUUUGUGAAGCAAGGAGGUGAAAUUAUAGAUCUUGAGCCUUGUCUCCAACAUUCAUCAAAUAUCGAGCCUACUUUUGUUCCAGUCUUUUUGGAGAACAAAAAGAUUACCAGGGCUGCAGCUUUGAAGGCAUUAGCUCAAAAGAGGUUUUUGAGUUCAAUGCGGUUUCAGUACAGUUUCUCUAUGGAGCCUUGGUACGAAUACAGCAUAAAUAUUGUUGCUGACCAAGGUUUGAAGGCGCCCCUCUAUACAUCUGCACGCUUGAAAAAGGGAGAAGUACUCUAUGUAGAGACUCUUUUCGGCAGGUAA